UCCGAAUGAAUUGAUGGUUCUCGCACUCCACAUUAAAAAUACUUUCCUCUCUGUGUUGAGAAUUUUGUGUAUCAUUUUCGAGAGGAAAACUGGAAUACGCAAAUACUUCAUCCCAUAUUCGGUAUUCCCAUCUAGUCUUAAGUAAUUAUGGUGGAGACGAGGCCUUUCAAGACAAAACUUUGCGUCCUUUAUCAGAGGGGUCGUUGUGCACGCCAAACUUGUACCUUUGCACAUGGAGAUUUCGAGCUUCGACGCCAUCAGAGUUCUCCCACUGAUAGGCGACUUAACAGGGACAAUGACUUGAGGAUUAAGCUUGACAGAAAACGUUCUCCAAAUUAUAGAUGUUCCCCUGGAAGAGAUGCAAAGGAAUCACGUGCAUAUAAAAGUUUUAGUUCCAGAGAGCCAAGUAAAAGAAGAAAAUUAAGGAUACAUGAGCAUAUGGAUGGUCCAGAUGAUUUAUCUGGGGGUUUCAAAAGCCCAGAUGGAUCAGCAGAUAUCAGGAGGGAUAACAUGCAUGCGCUGUCAAAUUCCAGAAAAAUGGUUGAGGAUGAGCUCAAGCAAGUUCAAUAUGAGGUUGAUGUGCUGUUUAACCAAAGAAGUGAGAUGGAGAUUGAACUGGAAGAAAGGGUACAAGAAGCAGAUAGUCUCUCUUCUAAAAUUAGGAAUCUUGAGGCUCAACUGUCUGAAGAAAAGGUUAAUUCCGAAAGAGUCAGCUCAAAUAUUACGAAGUUCGUUAGGGCACAAGUUCAUCACUUUCGGCUGCAAGAUGGGUUAAAGAGGUCACAGGUUCAACUUGAGCAGCUGGUAGGGGAACUUGAUGUACAUGGUAUACCAAUUGGUGCUAGUGAAGAUAAGUUGAAUGUCAACAUUAUUACUGAUGAAGAAGUUCUAGAAUUAGAAGACUCUGCUUCUCCUGCUGUAAAGAAACAGCUACACAGUAGCACGAGAGCCUCAGAAGGGUCAAAAUCAGAAUUUAAAUUUCUCCUUCAGACAGAAUGGAAGAAAGCAAAUUUGGGGAUGUGGUUGGGCCAAGAUUUCACACAUCAAGAGGUGGCAGCAAAUGUGGCAAGAGUAGAUGGCGCCAGAGUUGCAAGUUGUCGGAGGAGGUCACUUGUGCACUUUCAUAGUCAUCGAGAAGCUAAACUGGGGAAAGAGAAAAAGCACAUGGCAAGAACAUCUAAUGAACGCAAUCCCCAAUUGCAAUUUAAGGGUUCUAAGCACUUCGAUCCUUUGGAUAAGCUUAAAGUUUCAGAGUCAAAUCUUAUGGUGCCACCAACCAGCAUGGCUGCUCAUGCAGUUGAUGACUUCAUUGAAGUGGAGACAGAAAAGAACCCUGAGGUGCUAGGAAGUCCUAAAAAUGUGGAUAAUGGCUUGCCAUAUAUAAUUCCUCCCCUUCCAACUGUAUCAGAAAAUAACUACUAUCAGUAUAAGGGUGAUGACGGGAAUGUUGAUGUGGAUGGAUCCGAAGAAGAGCCUGAGGAAGUGGAUAUUGUGUAAAUAUCAUGUUAAAGUUUAUACUUUAUAUUGUGUUAGCUUUUGUCUCGUGCUUUUGGCUUGUGUUGAUGGUAGGAUUUUCUAGAAAAAUCAAACAUCGGUCAAUUGUUAAAUCAGUCAUUAGCGAGACGCUUAGUGUAAUAGAAAUUUAGUCGUUUCCCGGAGUUUGCUUCAUAGGAGUAUUCCGAGCUCGUAGCUCGCACUAUAAUGCUGCUUCGUGGACUAUGCUAAGUUUUAACUUUUGCCUGGUGGUGCUGGGAGUUUCUUCA